UGGGGGUUUUUUUAAAAAAAACCUGUAUUUUGGGGGGAAGGCAAAAUGGCUUUCUGGUAACACUGACCAAAAGGACAUAACCCCCAAAGCCAGAAUAAAUUUAAAAAAAAGGGACAUCCAGACAUGACAGGACAGACACAAACUUGUUGAAAACAUUGAAAAGUUAUGAACUUUAUUCCAAUGUUUUUUAAAUUGCAAAAAUAAAAAAAUCUUGAUGUGUAUUUAAGUUCUAAGUAACUCAUUACACUGUAUACUUCAUGUAAAAUAAUGAAAGGAUCCUAAAAGUUAACAAUAUUUUAAAAUCUGCUAUGUCUUUUAUCAUUUCUGAAUUUUCUGUAAGAGUUGUGGUUUGUGAUCAUUAUUUAACAAAACCGGUACCCGGCUUUGAUGUCACAUAUUCAGAUUUUAGAGGGGCAGAUAUUAAGCAGGUUCCAGUUCUAAGAAUUUUUGGCCCAUCUGCAGAUGGUUAUAAAACAUGCCUUCAUGUGCAUGGAGUAUUUCCAUAUUUUUAUAUUCCAUGUCCAACACAAAAUCCAGAGCCCCAACUUUUAUAUCAGAUAGCGGCAAGUUUGGAUAAGGCAUUAAAUAUAGCCCUGAAACAAGCAACAUCAAAUAACCAACAUGUUUACAAAAUCACAUUGGUUAAAGGACUGCCCUUUUAUGGAUUCCAUAACAAGGAACAUCUGUAUUUGAAAGUAUUUCUUUAUAGUCCAAACUUGAUAAAACAAGCUGUAGAACUAUGUAGUAAUGGUGCUAUCUUGGGACAAACAUUCCAGCCACAUGAAUCUCACCUUAAUUUCACUUUGCAGUUUUUUAUUGAUUUUAAUCUUUUUGGUAUGAGCAACAUAGAUCUUCAAAAAGUGAGUUUUCGAAAAACAGGUAAUAUGCAAAAUUCUGAUGAACCAGCCCUCACUGAUGAAAACAGGCUUAAAGCAGAGAGCAUUUGCUUUUAUGAAGUUGAUUGUAUUGCUUCACAUAUAAUUAAUAGGCAGAGAAUUGGCAAAGGUGAUAUUAUAGAAAAUCCAGGACUUGAAGAGGUGUGGAAGCAAGAAAUAGAAAGGCGAAAGCAACUCAACAUAUCUCUUGCCUCUAAAUCAUUAACUCAGAGAAGAAUCAAGUCAGAAGAAACAGAAUCACAUUAUAAAUUUCAUCAGCUAUGUCUGAUACAAUUGUCUGGUACAGUAGAUAAACCUGUGGAAAUCAAAUUCCCUCAAGAACAAAUAUAUUACCCUGCUGAAAGCAUUGAAGGAACACAACUUCUUGAUGCAGUAGAUGUCAGUAUUCAUCUGCCUGGAAAUAGCUUUAAUAAUAGUUUAACAGAAAUAUCCAGGAUCAAUCUAGAUGAGCCAUCUAAUGAACAAUUAGAGCAUACAAUAGUUGAUGAGAGUGUUGCUCUAAAUAGUAGUCUUUCAAUACAUCACAGUCAAGUCUUAUUAAGCAGUGAAGACAUAGAUCUAUUAGAUAUGUUAGCUGACAUGGAUGAAAAACCAGUUGAUAAAGAUAGUGUAAUGGGUACUCCUCCAAAUGAAGACGAAGAUAAUGAAAUUGAUGAUACUGAAUAUUCCCAAAUCUUCAAUGAAGAAACUAUUGUAACAAACAUUUAUGAGGGUAAAGAUAAUGCCGAAAUAAGUUCGCCUACAUGGAAUGAUUCAUUCUGGGAUGGUGCACAUAUACCACAGUUAGAUGGUACUUUUGAUGAUGAGCAUGUGAAAAAAGUGAGGAAAAGGAAACCAAGGCCACUGAGAUUGGGCUUAUCAAAACCCAAAGAAAAGAAAAAUAUUAGAUCUAAUGAUACAUAUACUACUGAUAUUGCUGAUUCAAAUUUGGACAUAAACAACGAAAUAAAUGCAUCGAGAGAUACAAUCGAUAGUAUUUCCAGCUUCCACUUAAAAAAAAAUAUAAAGACAGAACCACAAAGUAUAUUGGAAAAAAGUAUGAUUAAUAAUAAUUUAGAAAACGGCUGUGAAAAAUCUUUAUUUGAUUUAGUGAAUGAAGUUACAGUUAAUAAUGAUCUGAAAGCAGCUGAAAUAUAUGAUAAACACAAUAAAUAUUUUCCUGAACCCGGCACUUCGACUAACUUUAUUGUAAAAGCUGAAAAUAGUGUUGACAAAUUGAAAGAUAUGUCUGAUGACUCUUCUGAAUCAUCUGUACACAGUGAAUCAGGAAUAGUGAGUUUUUAUAACACUUCAAAAUGUUUAGAUAUUUCUCUAAACAAGUCAUUAGAGACUAAUUUAAAAAAACAAAAAAAUAUCUCUGAUGAACAUAGUUUCAACAAGCGCACGGAGGUUGACAGAAUAGUAAUUACACCUAAAUUUAAACCGCCAACGAGAAAUUACAUCAUUUCCAGCCUAGAUAAAUAUAAUAUUCCUAAAAUAAAAAGCCUUUGUCCAUUUUAUUCUGACCCAAACGACGUGGGAGAUAGAGUAGAAUUAGGUCAUAUGUUGUUGAAGGUACAAAGUAAAACAGCUCGCGAUCAAAAACCAUUUGAUAACGUUUUAAGCGUCACAAGUAUAGAGGAAUGGCGUCAGUUGAUGUUUUUACAGACAAACGAGAUGUCUGAUCAAUGUUGUAAGCCCGAUGCACUAAAGAAAUUACUUUCUGGAAAUAAACACUGUGUUCUGCAACCUAUUAUGAAAGCCCCAACUACAAACCAGAUCAAAAAGAGUCUUGAGAACAUUGAUAAAACAAUACAGGAUAGUAAAUCAAAUUUAGCCCAAAAUGAAAUUAGUAAUAAUUUUGAUGAACUUGAUAAUUCGCAAGCUCUGGGAUUACAUGAUGAAAUUAAUACCACCAUCACCCCUGAAGAAAAAUCGAAUGAGGUAGUUGCGUCAAAUGUGGACGAAAGUUUUCAUAUUACAAUGCAACCUGAUGGCUCCUUUUUAUGUUUCAAUAGUGACAUUAAGAAACAAAAUUUAUCAUUAAAAGAUGAACCUGUAAUUGAAAUGGAUUAUCUAACCAUAAUGUUGGCGGAGGUGCAUACAGCCGUUAGGGCUGAUUUACACCCUGAUCCUACUAUUGAUCCCAUUCAAGCAAUAUUUGUUAUGGUCACAGAUUGCCCUCCAGAUAGUUCUCUCUGUAAAACUAUCACACAAGCUUUGGUCAUUGCUGAUGAGACGCCAUUAAAACAUUUAGACAGAUGUGUUACUAAUGUCAAAGUGUUUUAUUACAAGACUGAACUUGAAAUAUUGGAAAAAAUUGUAGAAUUAAUAAAAUCCCACGAUCCAGACAUAAUGUGUGGGUAUGAAAUGGAGUUGAAUUCCUGGGGGUACAUUUUGGAAAGAGCACAAGUAUUAGGAAUGGAAAUAGUAAGAGAGGUAUCAAGAGUAACGGAGAAAUAUAGACAAAAACGCUGGAAGAAGGAUGAUAAUGAUUUUGAAGGUCGUAUUAUUGGUAGAAUAACGUUCAAUGUAUGGCGUUUAUUUCGGCACGAAUUAGCGCUCUCUAGUUAUAGCUUUGAAAAUUGUAUGUACGAGAUACUGAAGGAGAGAGUUCCCAAAUACAGUUAUGCACAACUAGCUGAAUGGUGGAACCACGAAUCGAGAAUUUUAAGAUGGAUACCUGUGGAGUACUACCUUACCAAGUUAUAUGGAACCGUAAGAAUGCUGAGAAAGUUAGAUAUAAUAAAUCGCACAUCAGAACUGGCAAGGUUAUUUGGCUUACAAUGGUGGGAAGUUUUAUCACGAGGGUCGCAGUUCCGCGUGGAGUCUCUGAUGCUGAGAGCAGCACGACCGUUGAAUCUGAUCGCUUUGUCGCCUUCAGUGAAGCAGCGAGCGGCGAUGCGUGCACCAGAGUGCUUACCUCUUAUAUUUGAACCGGAGUCUCGAUUCUACUCGGAUCCCGUAAUAGUAUUGGAUUUCCAAAGUCUUUAUCCUUCAAUGAUGAUUGCGUAUAAUUAUUGCUUUUCUACCUGUAUAGGUCGCGUACAAAAUAUUAAUGGUGAUGCAGCUUAUGAAUUUGGAGCAUGGCGUCUUCGUAUAUCAAAAUCAAAACUGGAAGCGUUGGUAAAGAAUGAACUUGUGCAUUGGUCACCAGUAGGAGUAGGAUUUGUGAAGCCUUCUGUUCGCCGAGGAGUACUUCCUACAUUAUUGAGGAGAAUUUUGGCGGCAAGGCAAGCCGUGAAGAAAAGUAUGAAGCAGCAAACUGACGAGAGUAUCAAGAAAGCUAUGCAUUCUAGACAGUUAGGUUUAAAAUUAAUAGCCAACGUUACAUACGGCUACACAGCGGCUAACUUCAGUGGGCGCAUGCCUUGUGUAGAAGUAGGGGACAGCGUCGUGGCUAAAGGUCGCGAGACUCUUGAGCGGGCUAUCAAACUCGUGCGAGACAAUAAGGAAUGGAAUGUGAAGGUGGUGUAUGGCGAUACGGAUUCUAUGUUUGUUUUGGUGCCGGGAGCGACGCGAACCGAAGCGUUUCGCAUCGGCCAAGAGAUCGCCGAUGCAGUAACCGCCGAUAACCCAUCACCUGUGGCACUCAAACUGGAGAAGGUUUACCAACCAUGUAUUUUACAAACCAAGAAACGCUACGUCGGCUAUAUGUACGAGAGCCCUGAACAAGAGAAGCCCGUUUACGAAGCGAAAGGCAUUGAGACUGUUCGAAGAGAUGGAUGCCCAGUGGCUGUUAAGUUGCUACACCGCUGCCUCUGCGAGUUGUUUGAGACCGGUGAUAUGUCCCGCGUGAAACGCAUUGUGGAAUCUACUCUAUACCAGUUGGCGAGCGGCAGUACUCCAAUGCUGGAUCUCAUGUUCACACGCGAGUACCACGGACCCACUGGAUAUCGGCCCGGGGCCGUGGCCCCACCAAACGAGAUCGCAAAGCGCAUUGGAGCUCGGGACCGGCGCGCCCGGCCGCGCGCGGGGCAGCGAGUGCCGUGGGUGGUGGCCGGCGGAGCCCCGGGCGCCGCACUGGGCCGCCUGGCGCGCUCCCCCGUGGAGCUGGCGCGCCGGCCCGCGCCGCCCCACGUGGCGUACUACGUGACGCGCGCCGUGCUGCCGCCGCUGCACCGCUGCCUGUCCCUGCUGGGCGUCGACGUGUUCAAGUGGUGGCGGGAAGUGGGCCAGGGUCGUACGGUGGCGCAGGGCGGCAUUGCGCGAUACAUGCGGCGCGUGCGGUGCGCACGCUGCGGCGCGGCCUGCACCCGGACCCUGUGCGGCCGAUGUGCCGCCUCCACCCCCGCCGCGGCCGCGCUGCCCGCCCGCCAGCUGCCCGCCCGCGCCGCACUGCACGCGUUAUGCCGCUCUUGCACUGGACACCCUCAUGGAAGAAACUGUGAGAAUAUGGAAUGUCCAGUGUUCUGGAAAAGAUUGAAUGUUGAACAAAACCUGGAGGAUGAAUAUGAUAUUAUUUCGCAUCUACCAAAACACUAUACAAGAGAAAACAUGGAUUAUUAAAGAAUAUUUGUUUGCAUUUUUUUAGUUUAAUAUGUAUAAAUGUAAAAAGAUCAUAUAAGUUUUAUUAUAUUGAAAGAUAUGAAUAGAAUACAUAUUUAUUUUCUCUAUCAAAUCAAUGAAAUAAAAACUUCUUAUAAUAAUCAUGUUUUAUUUUAGGGGCCAUUCAUAAAUUACGUCACAUGUUAAGGGGGAGGGAGGAGGUCGACGAAGUGUGCCAUCGUGUGACAAGGGGGUGGGAGGGGUCCUAAAUUUCGUGAUGUCACAUUUCAAAAUCUAUUAUAAUCUAAGUGUUGAAACUAUUACUUUACAAAAAGAUUAACGUUUAUACUAUUACUUUAAGAACAAAAUGGUGCUAUGCCAUUUAUAAAUAAUUUAAAGGAGUGGGUUCAAUGCCUAUGGACUCAAGACUGUUAAAUUUGUAUCUUUAAUUAAUAAAGUCAAUCGGUUUUUUGUUU